AUGCAGAGGCAAUUGAUCUACCCGCCAAAUGAGACCAAAGGCAGAAUAACGGUGACUAAUGAAGAUGUCAGUUGUCUGGAAGAAGGCGAAUUUAUCAAUGAUGUUAUUAUAGAUUUCUACUUGAAGUAUCUUCUACAUGAAGUUCUUGGUGAAGAAUACCAAGAGAGAACACAUAUUUUCAGUUCUUUCUUCUAUAAACGUUUGUCUCGGCGUGUGACCUCUACCUCAAAAUUUGAAAGCGGACCGCAGCGUUCAGUGGCUGAACGAAGACACAGCCAUGUCAAGUCUUGGACAAGGAAUGUUGAUCUCUUUAAAAAGGAUUUCAUAGUUAUCCCAGUCAAUGAAAGUGCUCAUUGGUAUGUGGCCAUUGUGUGCUUCCCUGGUCUACCAAAACCUGGUGCUAAUAAUAGUGACUUACUGGCUAGUAGCCAGCAAGGUACUUUACUAAAUCAAGAUGGUCAAAAAACAGAAAACACAAUAAGCAAUAAUUCAACCAACAUCAGUUCAGACAAGCUAACCCAUCAGGAACAAUCUGAUGUCACCAGUGAAUCCGACAGCAUUCCCGGCGGAGAAACAAUGGAAGUAGAGGACCCAGAUUCCUCGGACAAUUUUCAACUUCCCACAAAAAAUGAAAAUCAACAAAUAAAUGAUACAGCUACAAAUUGUGAGAAUGAAGGUGAACAUGUCAAGAGUGUUUCGCAUCAGAUUUCUACGGAGAAUGGCAUUACUCGUACUGAUAACAUCCAGGAAACAAUUAGACAAAAUAAAGAAAUAGAUGCUGCUAAUUCAUUAUUCCACACUCAUCAAAGUUAUCCAUAUAAGCAACCCUGCAUUUUAAUCUUCGACUCACUUAAAGGAACAUCCAAGCGAACUGCUUGUAUCAAUAAACUCAAAGAAUAUAUAAGUGUUGAAUGGAAGAUAAAGAAGGGAUACAAAAGGGAAUUUGAGUUGAAAGGUAUGCAACCUGAGGUUCCACAACAAACCAAUUACCAUGACUGUGGCGUGUAUGUUUUACAGUAUGUUGAGUCAUUCUUUACGAUGCCCAUUAAGAACUUCGGUGCCCCUCUAAGAGGCCUUUCACAGUGGUUCAAUGAGGAGAGAGUCAGCUGUAAGAGGGAAGAUAUCAAAGCGCUCAUUUCAUAUCUUGCACAAUCUCAGAAGAGCAAAAGGUGACCAGAAGAGUAACCAUGGGCCUAAAGAACAGAUAUCCUGCUAAAACACAGACUGAUGUUGGCUAGGACUAUUGGUGUUACACAAAACAUUAUGUUAAAUAAACACUACAGAAACUAAAUUGAACAUUAUGAUGAUUAAAGCAGAGUGUGUGUGUGUGGGGUGGGAGUAUAUGGUUGUGGGUGUAAACUACAUACAGUAGUGUGUAUGAAAUUAUUACACCUUAAGAGUUUUGUCCUGCAAAAAUAUUGGAAUUAAUGCCGCUGUAUGUUGGUGGUAGGCCUGAAUCCUAAGUAAUUAUCGUUGCUUUUAUUGAUAAAUGUUGUCACAAUAAGGAUAUUUACUUGUAUUUUUGUGCUUUUUUUGUUUGACAUAAAUUCAGUUUAAUGCAUAACUCAUUCUAACAUUUACAGUUAAACUUGCUGAAGCUAAGCCUAACUUAAAUAAUUUCUAAAGUCGAUCUUAUUUUACAUGCCAAAUUGGUGUGUUUUCUAUUAAUUAAUGAUCUGUAAGUCAAAUUUUAUCUAAGUCAAACAAUUUUUCAAUGCAAUUUUAGAUUUGACUUAGGCAAGUUCAAUUUAUAUCAUGUUAGAAAGGGUGUGUUUGUGGGGAGGAGGUACUUUUUCUAUUGCAUGUGUGAAAAUGCUUGUGGUGGGGGUAGAAGCUUAUAUUACUGGUGUAUUAUCCAUAAUUUCAUAAGGUGCUAAAUGUAGAUUUUUUCUCUAAGGUUAUUACUAAAUUCAUUAUUUAUUUUCCCCCUCCCCCAUUUAUUGAAGCAAAAUGUGUGAAGAAAAGGGGUGCUUAUGGCCACCACCCUCACCAUAAUACAUGUCAUGUAUUUUUAGUACAAUACCAUUGAAUACACAAUGCAACAUUUGUCUUGCAGUGACUUGCUCUGAUUAUUCUAUAAUGCUUUACAUCACAGAGCAUGAUGGGAAGCUUGCAUAACUAGGCUAGCUGCUGCAUGAUAGGAAGAAACACUAACUAGGCUCGCUGUUUCAGGGUUAGCUUUGUCCACCCAAAUACCUGUAAUUCGCUGAUAUAUGGGUUGGUGUCAUACCCGGCAUAUUAUAUAGUUUGGCCAAAUCACAUUUGUUUCCACAUAAAACUCAAUAAUGUGUAUAGAGUUUCACAGUGUAUAAACUAUAUUGUAAAGGAUGUGUCAUUUUUUAAAUAUGAUGUUCAUGAAACGAUUAUUACAUUGAAAUAAGACACAGAUGCAAAUACACAUAUAUUCAUAAUUUCUUAUUUUAGUCUAAUAAUUUAACAAUGUUUAUUAUUUAUACAGUAUCAAAGAGAUACAGUGGAGUUUGUAAACAUAGUGUAUCUCCUUUCAUUAGUUUAUUCCCUACUAUUAAAAGAAAGCAGUAUAUUUGAAAAAGUAUUUAAUACACUUCAUAUCUUGCUAUUCUUGAAGAAAACUUGAGAUUUUGUGUUAAAAGAUUACUAGUUUGUUGCGCAAGCCCUUGAACUAGUCAUCUUAGAGAAGCUAGCCUGCUUGCGCAUGAUGAACAAGUAAUAAAUUUGAAAGUUGAGUACAGUA